GUCACUCGGCUUUCUUGUCAUAUAUAGGAACAUCCCUGAUGAAACUCACAAUUGUGCAACUUCAACCCACUUUUUGCAGUAGAAGGCUCUGACCCGGUACAGAACUUGGAGGGGCAAAUAAAGCUUUCCGAUAUCAGUUUUUCUGUUAUUAACUCCGUAGCCGAUCAUUGUCCUCGACUCUACUGAAGAUGGAUGCACUUCAUAUUUUGCAGACAAACUUUGUGUCUAUUGUAAUCGGCUUUGUCGUUAUUCUUUUACUGUGGAUGAAUCGAGGCAAACAAUGCAACUCGCGUUUGCCUCCUGGUCCUGCACCGAUUCCUCUGCUCGGUAACUCGUUACGAAUGGAUGUGAAAGCGCCAUACAAGCUCUACAUGGAGCUCAGUAAGAAGUAUGGCUCAGUGUUUACUGUAUGGCUGGGCUCCAAACCUGUAGUGGUGAUCUCUGGCUAUCAGGCUAUCAAGGAUGCUUUUGUCACACAAGGAGAAGAGUUCAGCGGCAGAGCCAACUACCCCAUGAUCAUGACAGUCACUAAAGGAUAUGGGGUGUUGGUGAGCAGUGGGAAGAGAUCUAAAGAUCUUCGCAGGUUCUCGCUGAUGACCCUGAAAACCCUUGGGAUGGGGCGCAGGAGCAUUGAAGAACGUGUCCAAGAAGAGGCUAAGAUGCUGGUGAAAGCCUUCAGUGAAUAUGGAGAUUCAGUUGUCAAUCCCAAAGAAUUGCUUUGCAAUUGUGUUGGCAAUGUGAUCUGCUCCAUAGUCUUUGGGCACAGGUUUGAAAAUGACGACCCAAUGUUUCAGCUCAUCCAAAAGGCUGUUGAUGCCUACUUCAAUGUCCUCAACAGCCCUAUUGGAGCGAUGUACAACAUGUUCCCUAGAAUCGUUUGGUGCUUUCCAGGCAAACACCAUGAGAUGUUUGCUAUCGUAAACAAGGCCAAAGCUUACAUACAAGGGCAAGCAGAAAUCCGUCUUAAAACCCUUGACACCUCUGAACCUCAGGACUUCAUCGAGGCCUUCCUGGUUAAAAUGCUGGAGGACAAAGAUGAUCCCAACACUGAGUUCAACAAUGAUAAUAUGGUGAUGACUGCAUGGGCCCUGUUUGCUGCUGGAUCAGAAACCACAUCAUCCACCCUAAGACAAUCAUUUCUGAUGAUGAUAAAGUACCCUCACAUUCAAGAGAGUGUUCAGAAGGAGAUAGACGAGGUGAUUGGCUCAAGAGUGCCCACGGUUGACGACAGAGUUAAAAUGCCCUACACGGAUGCUGUCAUUCACGAAGUCCAGAGAUACAUGGACCUCACUCCUACGUCUGUACCCCACAAAGUGAUGAGAGAUACAGAGUUCUACAACUACCACAUUCCAGAGGGUACCAUGGUCCUGCCUCUGCUGUCCUCUGUGCUUGCUGAUCCCAAAUUGUUUAAAAACCCAGAUGAGUUUGACCCAGAGAACUUCCUGGAUGAAAAUGGAGUUAAGAAAAAUGAUGGAUUCUUUGCUUUUGGAGUGGGGAAGCGGGCGUGUCCUGGGGAGGCUCUAGCCAGAGUGGAGCUCUUUCUCUUCUUUACCUCCCUCCUGCAGCGCUUCACUUUCACCGGCACCAAACCUCCAGAAGAGAUCAACAUCGAGCCAGCGUGCUCCAGCUUUGGCCGCUUGCCACGUUCCUAUGAUUGCUACAUCAAACUCAGGACUGAGGAGUGUAUUUGUCUGGCCUUGCCUUCCUUUUCUAAUCUAGAUUCAGUUGUCAAUCCCAAAGAAUUGCUUUGCAAUUGUGUUGGCAAUGUGAUCUGCUCCAUAGUCUUUGGGCACAGGUUUGAAAAUGACGACCCAAUGUUUCAGCUCAUCCAAAAGGCUGUUGAUGCCUACUUCAAUGUCCUCAGCAGCCCUAUUGGAGCGAUGUACAACAUGUUCCCUAGAAUCGUUUGGUGCUUUCCAGGCAAACACCAUGAGAUGUUUGCUAUCAUAAACAAGGCCAAAGCUUACAUACAAGGGCAAGCAGAAACCCGUCUUAAAACCCUUGACACCUCGAACUUCAUCGAGGCCUUCCUGGUUAAAAUGCUGGAGGACAAAGAUGAUCCCAACACUGAGUUCAACAAUGAUAAUAUGGUGAUGACUGCAUGGAGCCUGUUUGCUGCUGGAACAGAAACCACAUCAUCCACAAUAAGACAAUCAUUUCUGAUGAUGAUAAAGUACCCUCACAUUCAAGAGAGUGUUCAGAAGGAGAUAGACGAGGUGAUUGGCUCAAGAGUGCCCACGGUUGACGACAGAGUUAAAAUGCCCUACACGGAUGCUGUCAUUCAUGAAGUCCAGAGAUACAUGGACCUCAGUCCUACGUCUUUACCCCACAAAGUGAUGAGAGAUACAGAGUUCUACAACUACCACAUUCCAGAGGGUACCAUGGUCCUGCCUCUGCUGUCCUCUGUGCUUGCUGAUCCCAAAUUGUUUAAAAACCCAGAUGAGUUUGACCCAGAGAACUUCCUGGAUGAAAAUGGAGUCUUUAAGAAAAGUGAUGGAUUCUUUGCUUUUGGAGUGGGGAAGCGGGCGUGUCCUGGGGAGGCUCUAGCCAGAGUGGAGCUCUUUCUCUUCUUUACCUCCCUUCUGCAGCGCUUCACUUUCACCGGCACCAAACCUCCAGAGGAGAUCAACAUCGAGCCAGCGUGCUCCAGCUUUGGCCGCAUGCCGCGUUCCUAUGAUUGCUACAUCAAACUCAGGACUGAGGAGUGACCACUUUACUGUGGAGAGGUCACAGGCUCAGCCUCACAGGCAGCUGCUUGUCAUUAUACAGUAACCAUAGCAUUACAUUUACCACCUUUCUUCUUGUAGACAACUAUAUAAGCGUUAGUGGGUUGUAUGCAUCUUGCUAUUAUCCUCAGGUAGGAUCUCUAAGGUAUGGGUUGAUAUUUCAAGGCUAAUUUCUGUCUACAUUAAUGUCUUUUAAAGCUUGUUUUUGGUCAGGUUUCAAGAAUUGCCUUCAGAGAUGUUGGUCACCAUAUCUCUAUGCUGUAUAUCACACUCACCUUCUUUGUACCCUUGUAAAAUAGGAAAAGAAAAUUGGCACAGGCCUAUAGGUUCAUAUUAAAUUGUCUAUUGAAACGUUAUGGUGAAAGGACCAAACGUUUCAGGUGUUUAAAUGUAAGCAACUGAAAUGAGUCUUGUUUUGUAGGUUGCUAUGUGGUUCGGACUGUACAUCUAUACUGGCAGAGCACUUAGGGGUACUGUACACUAUGUAUACUGUGGGGUCACUAUGUUAUUCUGCCUUUGUUUUCAACAUGACUGAUGUAUUGUAACACAACAUUUGGUUGUAACUUUUGCUUCAACUAAUAAAUAGUACUGCACACUUCA